UCUGUUGUUUGCUUCCUCUCUCGCUCGUCGUGUCAUUUUUCAUAUGCAGUAAGGUUGCUCAACGCAGUGAAUUUUCUGGAAAUCUGUGAAAAAUACGCAGCGGACGUUAAACUUACUGCUUUGCUUGUGGAAAAGUGCGCUUUGUCUUUACUUUGUGCAUAAAAAACCGGUUGAAAAUCAGCGGAAUUAGUGGUUUUACAAGCAUUUGUUGCAGAUCGUUUGGCAGCCAUUUUCUUCUGCUGCAGAGUUAUGCCUCACUCGAGUCAAUAUUAUAGGUGUCGACUUUCUACAGAUUGAAUUUACAGAAAAAUUGUGUAAUUAAAAAUUGAGUGAAAAAAUGGCUAGCCCUUCGCCGGUGAAUAGUCCAAUGCCACCCCCGCAGGCACCAAGCCCAAUGGGUCCGCCUUCACAGAGUCCGGCUCCUUCCCCAUCGCCGCAUAGCCCCUAUCAACCGCCUCCAGGACCACCCCAAGGCCCUCCUCAUAUGGGACCAGGACAAGGACCACCACACCCACAUGGCCCUCCAGGUCCACCGCAAGGCGGCCAGGGUAGUCAUAUGCCAAUGCCACCGCAACAACACGGCCCUCAGCCUCACGGGCCCCCACCACCACAACACGGUCCGCCCCAUAUGAACGGGCCCCCGCCGCCUCAAGGUCCGGGUGGCCCCCAAGGACCACCUCCACCCCAUCAUAUGCAAGGACCCGGAGGCCCGGUUCCACCAGGUCCACCACCACAACAUAUGCAACAUCCACCUGGUCCUCCCCAUCCUCAAAUGGGACAACACUCGGGACCUCCCGGACCACCAACACAACACCCAGGAUUACCACCCCACCAGGGACCUCCAAUGCCUCCGGGAAUGGUACCAGGAGGAUAUCCGCCACACUCAAUGCCGCCAAACUCAGGACCUCCUCCGCCUGGCCCAAUGCAACCGGGUGGUCCCGGUCCUGCUUUAUCCGGUCCUGGUCCCAGUAUGGCAGGUCCCGGUGGUCCUGGAAUGAUGCCAGGAGGUCCACCACCGCCUCCUGGACAAGAAAACCUCAACGCUCUUCAGCGCGCAAUCGAUUCUAUGGAGGAGAAAGGUUUACAGGAAGACCCACGUUACUCGCAGCUGUUAGCACUACGCGCCACAUCUAAACAACAAAACUUAAAUGCCUCACAGCUUCAUCAGCUGCGUGGACAGAUUAUGGCAUAUCGGUUACUGGCACGGCAUCAACCGAUCAGUAAACAGCUGGCAUCUCAGAUACAAGCACAGCGUUCAGAUGGAACUCCGCCGCAAUGUCCAACACCACCUGCUAGUCCCUUCCCGGGUCCACAGGGUGGCCCAUCGCCGCAACCCGGAAUUCAACAGCAGCAGCCGCCACAACAAGGUCCUCCACAGGGACCUCCACAAGGUCCACCGAGUGGUCCUGUCGGUAAAACUGGUCCUCCAGAGCCAGGAAAGCCGCCAGCCGGAGGAAUGCCCCCUAAUCAAAGUCCUAUGCCUGGUAUGACGAUGGGAGGACAUCAGCAACAAAUGGGCGGCCCAGGUGGACCUGCUCAGCCGCAGAGACCAAGCUCGCAAGGUCCCGCAGGUGCUGGACCUCGACCAGCAGCUCAAGCACCUGUAGUUCAACCAAUACAAAAGCAAAACCGCGUAACAACUGUUGCCAAACCGGUGGGAUUAGACCCGAUAACCAUCUUACAAGAGAGAGAAAAUCGUAUGGCUGCCCGAAUCGCCCUUCGAAUGGAAGAGUUGAACAACCUGCCGGCUACAAUGCCUGAGGAUAUGCGAAUCCAAGCUCAAAUCGAGCUUCGCGCUUUGCGAGUUCUAAACUUCCAACGUCAGCUACGGUCUGAAAUUGUUCAAUGCACCAGAAGAGAUACGACACUCGAAACGGCCGUCAAUGUUAAGGCCUAUAAACGUACCAAGCGCCAAGGACUGCGCGAAGCACGGGCAACUGAGAAGCUCGAGAAACAACAAAAACUUGAAGCCGAACGCAAACGGCGUCAGAAACAUCAGGAGUUCCUGGCCUUGGUGCUUCAGCAUGGAAAAGAUUUCAAGGAGUAUCAUCGUAAUAACAUCGCUAAGCUAGGACGGUUAAAUAAGGCUAUUAUGAACUACCAUGCCAACGCCGAGCGUGAGCAGAAAAAAGAACAGGAACGUAUCGAGAAGGAACGUAUGCGACGUUUGAUGGCCGAGGAUGAAGAGGGUUACCGUAAGCUUAUCGAUCAGAAGAAAGAUAAACGUCUGGCGUUCUUGCUUUCGCAAACGGAUGAAUACAUCAGCAACUUGACCGAAAUGGUCAAACAACAUAAAGUUGAUCAAAAAAGAAAGAAAGAUGAUGAAGAGGAACGUAAACGUCGCAAGAAGCGUAUGGUGCUGGAAAGCGGAGAUAUUCAAAUGUUGGAUACGGAUUGCGAAGCUCAUGAUUGCCGCGUGACCGUGAUGGAAACUGCUACCGGUAAGAUGUUUACCGGUGACGAUGCUCCGUACUUGAGAGAUUUGUACGGCUGGCUACAGGUGCAUCCAGGAUGGGAAUAUGUCAUUUCUGAUGGAGAGGAUGAUGAGGAUGAGGAUGAUUCUGAUGAAAGAAAAAAGAAGCGUGAUAACGAUUGCUCUGAUGAGACUAAAACGAAGGAAGUUAUUCAGAAGGCAAAGGUCGAAGAUGACGAGUACAAAACGGAAGAACAAACUUAUUACAGUAUUGCGCACACCGUGCACGAGAAGGUUACAGAGCAAGCUUCUAUUUUGGUAAACGGCAAACUAAAGGAGUAUCAGAUUAAGGGAUUGGAAUGGUUGGUAUCACUUUUCAAUAAUAAUUUGAAUGGUAUUCUGGCUGAUGAGAUGGGUUUAGGCAAAACAAUCCAAACCAUUGCUUUAGUCACCUAUUUAAUGGAGAAGAAAAAGAACAAUGGACCGUAUUUGAUUAUUGUCCCAUUGUCCACGCUUUCCAAUUGGGUGUUGGAGUUUGAAAAAUGGGCACCGGCAGUUGGUGUGGUUGCCUACAAAGGCUCUCCGGCUGGUCGUCGUGCUGUUCAGAAUCAAAUGAAGGCAACUAAAUUCAAUGUCCUGUUGACAACUUAUGAAUACGUUAUCAAAGACAAGGCCGUACUGGCAAAGAUAUCCUGGAAGUAUAUGAUAAUCGACGAAGGUCAUCGUAUGAAAAAUCAUCAUUGCAAGCUUACUCAAGUAUUGAACACGCAUUAUACUGCUCCGCAUCGAUUGCUGCUGACGGGAACGCCGUUGCAAAAUAAACUCCCGGAAUUGUGGGCGUUGCUAAAUUUCUUGUUGCCGUCGAUUUUCAAAUCAUGUUCGACUUUCGAGCAAUGGUUCAACGCACCGUUUGCAACAACUGGUGAAAAGGUCGAACUGAACGAGGAAGAAACGAUUCUUAUUAUUCGUCGUUUGCACAAAGUCUUGCGUCCGUUCUUGUUGCGUCGUUUGAAGAAGGAAGUAGAAUCUCAACUACCAGAUAAGGUAGAGUAUAUUAUUAAAUGCGACAUGUCCGGAUUGCAGCGUGUUCUGUAUAAGCACAUGCAAAGUAAGGGUGUGCUGUUGACUGAUGGUUCGGAGAAAGGUAAUAAGGGUAAGGGUGGAGCGAAGGCGCUGAUGAACACGAUCGUCCAACUGCGUAAGCUUUGCAACCAUCCGUUCAUGUUCCAGCACAUCGAAGAGAAAUAUUGUGACCACAUUGGAAUGCAGGGAACUGUAACGGGGCCAGAUUUGUAUCGGUCAUCGGGAAAAUUCGAGCUGCUAGAUCGCAUUUUACCGAAGCUAAAAGCCACCGGUCAUCGCGUGUUGCUAUUUUGUCAGAUGACGCAGUGCAUGACCAUCAUCGAGGAUUAUCUGAGCUGGCGUGGAUUUGGAUACCUGCGUUUGGACGGUACAACUAAAGCCGAGGAACGUGGUGAUUUGUUGAAAAAGUUCAACUGCAAAAACUCAGAAUAUUUCGUAUUUCUCUUGUCCACCCGUGCCGGUGGUUUGGGAUUGAAUUUGCAAACGGCAGACACUGUCGUCAUAUUUGAUUCGGAUUGGAAUCCUCAUCAGGAUUUGCAGGCUCAGGAUCGUGCCCAUCGUAUUGGACAGCGUAACGAGGUUCGUGUGCUCCGCUUGAUGACGGUGAAUUCUGUCGAGGAACGUAUUUUGGCUGCCGCCCGGUACAAGUUGAAUAUGGACGAAAAAGUCAUUCAAGCUGGUAUGUUCGAUCAAAAGUCUACCGGUAGCGAGCGGCAGCAGUUCUUGCAGAGUAUUCUGCAUCAAGAUGAGAUGGACGAGGAAGAGGAAAAUGAAGUUCCAGAUGAUGAAAUGAUAAAUUUGAUGAUAUCGCGCCAUGAUGAUGAGUUGGAGCUUUUUAAGAAAAUGGACGCUGAACGAAAGGCGGAGGAGACCAAACCACGGUUGAUUGAGGAAUCUGAAUUGCCCGAUUGGUUGGUGAAGGAGGAUGAAGAAGUUGAUCGGUGGGAAUACGAAGAAGACAAUUCAAUCUUGGGCCGUGGAUCAAGACAGCGUAAGGAGGUUGAUUACACUGACAGUUUAACCGAAAAGGAAUGGUUAAAGGCGAUUGAUGACGGAGCCGAUUUUGACGAAGAACUUGAAGAAGAAGAGCGCGAGAAGAAACGCAAGGGACGUAAACGAAAAAGCAAGCGAGACGAUUCGGAUGAUGAGAGUAUUAUUUCGACCGUCACAAAACGUAGGAAGGGUACAACCCAUCCGAAGGUUAAGAAGCAGAUGGAGAGGGUAAUUGACGCAGUUAUUAAAUACACGGAUGCCGAAGGUCGUGUUUUGAGUCAACCUUUCCUGAGGUUACCCUCCAAACGAGAUCUGCCGGAUUACUAUGAGGUCAUUAAGCGACCAAUAGAUAUCAACAAAAUUUUAAUGCGCAUCAAAGAAGCAAAAUAUGUGGAUUUCGCUGAUUUGCAAAAAGACUUCUUCCAACUUUGCCAAAAUGCGCAAAUCUACAAUGAGGAGGCAUCUCUUAUCUAUGAGGAUAGCUUGGAAUUGCAAUCGGUGUUUACCAACGCCAAACAAAAAGUUCUGGAGGCCGCCGAAGAAGAUGAUUCUGAUGACGAUGACGAUGAUGACAACUCGGAUGAGGAGUCAGGCAGCGUAAAAAUGAAGUUGAAAAUUUCCAAGGCUGGUACUUCGUCAUCAUCUUCGCUAUCGACGUCUCGUUCGAUGAAGGCCACUCCGAUGCGUAGGAAGCGUUCGCAGAAAAAGUACACCAUCUCCGAUGAUGACGAUGACGAUAUGGAUUGAGCAGUAACUAUAAGCGAGAAAAAUAAUGCACUCAAUGUAAGCUUACGACUGUCUAACCGCACUUACUAAAUCGUUUAUCUUAUUACUAGGGUAGGAGUAAUAUGAGUAAUUUUAAACAAUAUGACAACAGAUGGUGAAUAAUUCAAUUUUUUAAAUAUCCUUUGAUUUUUUGAAUCGAUUUUUUUAUUUUAAAAUACUGGGGUAACGAAAAACGUUAUCGUUCCUGUCAGAAGCCAGAGUUAAAAAUAUAUUUAUGCUUGAAAAAAAGAAAUUGAUUAUUAAAUCAUUUUUUAGAGAAUAUUUUUUAUUGAAAUUGAGUCGUACAGCUUUUUCAAUUGCAUACAUUCAGAUGUUUCGAAUAUAGGUUUUGCUUUGAAGAGCAUAGCAUAAUCAUUAAUCAACACGUUAGUACUUUGUCGAAAAAAUAUAACCACCAUAAUCUAACCACUGGUAAUAAUUGAGUUAUUGGCAAACUUCAAUGUAGAAUGGCAUUAUCUAUAAUAAAAAUCUUAGGAAAUACUGUAUCAGGUA